AAGGCGGAGAUGCGGCACACUUGCCGCGGCACCAUCAACCUGGCCACGGCCAACAUCACCGUGGAGGAUUCCUGCAAUUUUAUCAUCUCCAACGGCGGGGCCCAGACUUACCACCUGAAGGCCAGCUCGGAGGUGGAACGGCAACGCUGGGUCACUGCCCUGGAGCUGGCCAAGGCCAAAGCUGUCAAAAUGCUGGAGGAAUCAGAUGACUCCGGCGACGAGUCGGUGUCGCAAACGGACAAAACAGAGCUGCAGAGCACGCUGCGCACCCUCUCCAGCAAGGUGGAGGAUCUGAGCACCUGCAACGACCUGAUUGCCAAGCACGGCACGGCCCUGCAGCGUUCCCUCAGCGAGCUGGAGACUCUCCGGCUGCCGGUCGAGAGCACCGAGAAGAUCAAGCAGGUGAACGAGCGAGCCACCCUCUUCCGCAUCACUUCCAACGCCAUGAUCAACGCUUGCCGGGAUUUUCUGAUGCUGGCCCAGACCCACAGCAAGAAGUGGCAAAAAUCCUUGCAACAUGAGCGGGACCAGCGCAUUCGGCUGGAGGAGACGCUGGAGCAACUGGCCAAGCAGCACAACCACCUGGAAAGGGCCUUCCGCGGUGCCACCGUCCUGCCUGCCAGCGCGUCCGGCACCGGCGGCUCCGCCAAAGAUCCCUGCUGCCCUGCAAAAGGAGACCUGAGCGACGAGGACGAUGACAACGAGUUCUUCGACGCCCCGGAGAUCAUCACCAUGCCGGAGAGCAUGGGCCACAAGCGCACCGGCAGCAACAUCAGCGGCACCAGCAGCGACAUCAGCCUGGAUGAGCAGUACAAGCACCAGGUUGAGGACACCAAGAAGGAGAAGAGAACCCGCAUCCCCUACAAACCCAACUACAGCCUCAACCUCUGGAGCAUCAUGAAAAACUGCAUCGGGAAGGAGUUGUCCAAGAUCCCCAUGCCGGUGAACUUCAACGAGCCCCUGUCCAUGCUGCAGCGCCUGACGGAGGACCUGGAGUACCACGAGCUGCUCGACCGGGCGGCCAAGUGUGAGAGCUCGCUGGAGCAGCUGUGCUAUGUGGCCGCCUUCACCGUCUCGUCCUACUCCACCACCGUCUUCCGCACCAGCAAGCCCUUCAAUCCCCUCCUAGGGGAGACCUUUGAGCUGGAUCGCCUGGAGGAGAACGGCUACCGCUCCCUCUGCGAGCAGGUGAGCCACCACCCGCCGGCCGCUGCCCACCACGCUGACUCCAAGCACGGUUGGACGCUUCGCCAGGAAAUCAAAAUCACCAGCAAAUUUCGGGGCAAAUACCUCUCCAUCAUGCCUCUGGGUACCAUCCACUGCGUCUUCCACUCUUCCGGCAACCACUACACGUGGAAAAAGGUCACCACCACCGUGCACAACAUCAUUGUGGGCAAGCUCUGGAUAGACCAGUCGGGUGAGAUCGAGAUCGUCAAUCACAAGACGGGUGACAAGUGCAACCUCAAGUUCGUUCCUUACAGCUACUUCUCACGGGACGUGGCGAGGAAGGUCACCGGGGAGGUGACAGACCCCGCGGGGAAGGUGCAUUAUGUCCUGUUGGGCACCUGGGAUGAGAAGAUGGACUGCUACAAGGUGACGCUGGGCGCUGGGGACAACGGAGCAGAGGGACGGCAGAGACCCCACGAGGCCGAGGACAGCCGGGUGCUGCUGUGGAAGAGGAACCCGCUCCCGUGAGUAGGGGACAACAUGUACUACUUUUCGGAGCUGGCGUUGACGCUCAAUGCCCCAGAGAGCGGCACGGCGCCCACGGACAGCCGCCGGCGCCCCGACCAGCGCCUGAUGGAGAACGGCCGCUGGGACGAAGCCAACGCCGAGAAACAGCGGCUGGAGGAGAAGCAACGCAUCUCCCGCAAGAGACGCGAGGCCGAAGCCGCCAGGGCCACCGAGGACGGGACCCCCUAUGACCCCUACAAGCCGCUGUGGUUCGAACGCAAGAAGGACCCCGGCACCCAGGAGCUGGCGCCCUGCCUGUAUCCCCUGAACCUCUGCCUGUACCCCUGA